GUGGUAGAAUGAUUUGAACUGCGGCAAAUUGUAAACAAUCACUACAUAUGGCUUCGAGAUAGAGUUUAUCUGACGAUUCUUCUUAAAAUUGUGUUCCCAGCGUAAGCUAAACGGUCAUCAUGAUUAUGGACGCGUCAACGAUAGUCAUAGAAACUGAUGAUUUACAAUACGAAGAGGAACUACUUCGAAACCCCUACUCAGUCAAACACUGGUUGCGUUAUAUUGAGCACAAAAAGGAUGGGGCUCCUAAGAAGCUCAACAUUGUCUAUGAAAGAGCUCUAUUGCAGAUGCCAGGGAGCUAUAAAUUGUGGCAUUUGUACCUAAGGUUGCGCAUGCAGCAAGUCAAAGGUCGCUGCAUAACAGAUCCUGAAUAUGAGAGUGUCAACAAUACAUUUGAGAGGGCUUUGGUCUUCAUGCACAAGAUGCCUCGUGUUUGGAUUGAUUAUUGUCAGUUUCUAAUAAACCAGAAAAAGAUUACAAGAACUAGAAAGACAUUUGACCGAGCCCUGUGUGCUUUACCCAUUACACAACAUAACAGAAUUUGGCCACUUUACUUGAAAUUUGUUAUGUCUUAUAGGAUACCUGAAACUGCUGUCAGAGUGUGGAGAAGAUAUCUAAAGCUAUGUCCAGAAGACACUGAGGACUACAUUAACUACCUCAUGUCCAUUGGAAGGCUAGAAGAAGCAGCCAAAAAGUAUGAGUGGUGUGUCAACACAGACACCUUUACCUCCAAGUAUGGCAAAUCAAAGCACCAGUUGUGGUCUGAGCUUUGUGAACUGAUCUCAAAAAACCCUCAGGAAACCAGUUUAAAAAAUGCUGAGGCUAUCAUUCGUCAUGGUCUACAGAGGUACACAGAUCAAGUAGGCAUGUUGUGGAAUUCAUUAGCAGAAUACUAUAUCAUUAGUACUCUCUUCGAAAGGGCCAGAGAUGUUUACGAAGAAGCCCUGCGGAGUGUCAUGACUGUGAGAGAUUUUACUCAAGUUUUCGAUGCUUACGCCCAGUUUGAAGAAUUGAUGUUGAAGCAGCGUAUGGAGGAAGUUGCAUUAACAGAUGGAGAUGUAGAAGAGGAAACUGAAUUAGAGCUGAGGCUGGCAAGAUAUGAAGAUCUCAUACAAAGGCGUCCAUUGUUACUUAACUCGGUGAUGCUACGACAGAAUCCCCACAAUGUCUUGGAGUGGCAGAAGCGUGUCACUUUAUAUGAAGGAAAGCCAAAAAAAUGGGGGGGUAUAGUGGCAACGUAUAUGGAAGCAGUCAAGACGAUUGACCCUAAACAAGCCACUGGUAAACUUUAUUCUCUGUGGGUUGACUUUGCCAAAUUUUACGAGGACAACAGUCAAAUCAUGGAUGCCCGCAUCAUCUUCCAGCGGGCUACAGAAGUUCCAUAUGUAAAGGUUGACGACUUAGCGAGUGUGUGGUGUGAAUGGGCUGAAAUGGAGAUCAGGCAUGACAAUGAGGAAGAAGCUCUGAAACUAAUGAAAAGAGCUACAGCACCACCUCCGCAUAAAGUAGCUUACAAUGAUGAAUCAGAACCUGUGCAGCGGCGAGUAUACAAGGCUUUGAAAAACUGUGGUCCAUGUGCUGAUCUAGAAGAAAGCUUGGGAACUUUCAAAUCAUGUAAAGCUGUGUAUGACAGGAUCAUUGACCUUCGAAUUGCCACACCACAGAUAAUCAUAAACUAUGGAAUGUAUUUACAGGAAAAAUACUUUGAGGAAGCUUUUAAAGGCUAUGAAAAAGGGAUCGCACUUUUCAAGUGGCCCUAUGUGUAUGAUAUGUGGAACACCUAUUUCAUGAGGUUUUUAGAUCGGUACAAAGGAACAAAAAUUGAACGAGCAAGAGAUUUGUUUGAGCAGUGUUUGGAAAAAUGCCCACCCAAGUAUGCCAGAAAUUUGUAUCUAUUGUAUGCAAAGAUGGAGGAGGAGCAUGGCUUAGCCAGACAUGCAAUGCAGAUCUACAGCAGGGCCACAAAAGCUGUUCCACCUGAAGAGAAAUUGUCAAUAUACAAUAUAUAUCUACAACAUGCACAACAAAUAUAUGGUGUGACAAGAACGAGAGAGAUAUAUCAGGAAGCUAUUGAUGACCUUCCAGAUGAGGGAGCAAGAGAAAUGUGUCUGCGUUUUGCAGAGAUGGAGCGCAAACUUGGAGAGAUUGACAGGGCUCGAGAAAUUUACGUCUACUGCAGUCAGAUAUGUGAUCCACGUGUUACUGCUGAUUUUUGGGCCAAGUGGACAGACUUUGAAGUGGCUCAUGGGAAUGAGGACACAAUGAAAGAACUAUUGAGAAUUAAGCGUUCGAUGCAGGCUAAAUAUAACACACAGGUGAACAUGAUGUCAGCGCAAAUGUUAGCUUCUGCCGGAACAGUGGCUGGGACAGUAUCUGACCUGGCACCAGGUGCUAAGGAUGGCAUGCGUAUGCUUGAGGCCCGUGCUUUUGCCAUGAAUAAGGCUGAUGAACAGAACCCUCCCACAACCUCAGCUCCAUCUGCCCCAGGAGGGUCCAAAAUUCUCUUUGUCCGUGGAUCAACCACCAAGAGGGACGAUGAGGUUGCUGACACUGCACGUGCCACUAAUCCUGAUGAAAUUAACCUGGAUGAGGAUGAUGAUGAUGAUGAAGAGGAUGACGAGGAAGACAUUCCUCAACAACGUGAAGUUCCUUCAGCAGUAUUUGGCCAACUCAAACAGGAAUAGUGUUUGAAAUCAAUUUGCAAGUGCUCCAAAGUUUUUGGAUAAUUUCCUGGAACUGAGGAAGCUGUGAUUAUUGGAAAGGAUGAGAUUCGUUUAAAAAAUAUAUUCUAUAGUUACUUUUG